CCCGCUCGCGCGCGCACACACACUCACACAGAACACACACACACAGACACCGCGGCCACAGGAGGAAGAUGGCGACCGCCAUGUACUUAGAGCACUACCUGGACAGUAUUGAGAACCUUCCAUGUGAACUACAAAGGAAUUUCCAGCUGAUGCGCGAACUGGAUCAGAGAACAGAAGAUAAGAAAGCAGAAAUUGAUCUUCUUGCAGCAGAAUAUAUUUCAACUGUGAAGAACCUCUCGCCAGAGCAGCGAGUGGAGCACCUCCAAAAGAUCCAGAAUGCGUACAGCAAAUGCAAAGAGUACAGUGAUGAUAAAGUGCAGCUGGCUAUGCAGACCUAUGAAAUGGUGGAUAAACACAUUCGGCGGCUCGACGCAGACCUGGCACGCUUUGAAGCGGAUCUGAAAGAUAAGAUGGAUGGCAGCGAUUUCGAAAAUCCUGGAGGACGAGGGUUAAAAAAGGGUCGAGGUCAAAAGGAGAAGAGAGGCUCCCGAGGUCGAGGAAGAAGAACAUCAGAGGAAGACACACCGAAGAAAAAAAAGCUUAAAGGGGGAUCUGAGUUCGCUGAUACCAUCCUAUCUGUACACCCCUCUGAUGUUUUGGACAUGCCAGUAGAUCCCAAUGAGCCAACAUACUGCCUGUGCCAUCAGGUGUCUUAUGGAGAAAUGAUUGGUUGUGACAAUCCAGAUUGUCCAAUUGAGUGGUUUCACUUUGCCUGUGUGGACCUUACCACAAAACCAAAAGGGAAAUGGUUUUGUCCCCGCUGUGUCCAGGAAAAGAGAAAGAAGAAGUAAAGAAGAAACACUGAAAUGAAGAAUAAUUUAAUAUAUUCCUUCUUUCAUAUUGCAAUAUUUUACCUUUAUUUUCCAAACUACCUUCUUGUGUUGGAUUUAUAUUUAAUGACCCUUUGGCCAGUUGUAAUUCCCGGUAUUUCAAAAGAAGCCGUCUUGAAGAGGUAGUGAAGCGGAGGGAGCUGGGGAAGGGAGGGAGGAGAGAGAAAGAGAGUAAGGAGAGAAGGUUGUAGGGAAAAUUGCUGUAGUGAUUUUAUUUUCAGUUCUGUUUUAUAUGGAUCUCAGUCUAGCACUGAACGUGGUGGUAACACUAAGUGACCCCAGCUGUAGUCAGAUGGGAUAUUUGCUAGUAUGCUAGGAGAUGUGGGACCGCCAGAGAGGAGUGCAUGGAAAUUAAGUGGAUGGGCACCUUUUUAACCUGGUGUACUGCCAUUUCUUGGAAAGUGUACUUUGCGUAAUAUCUUUGUAGUUUUCUAGAAAUAUUUCAUAUCGCACCAGGGGAUUCCAACACUUUUUAUCUACCACUGUAAGCACAUUUUCCCCUUUGUGAGUGAGAUGCAUGUGGUGUACAGGAACUCUGGGGGCCUAGUGUUCGCCAGCAAAGGAUUCUUUUUAAACUGUCAUCUCUGACUCUGAAGCCAGUGACUGUGUACUUUUGGUAACGACUACUCUUAUAUGCCUGUUGAGGGUCUUAGAUUUCUUACCCUUAGGAAGUAAUUUCUGCUUUAUCGUGCACCCCGCCCUUUUUGUUGGAAUUUUCACUCCUUCCCUCUAAAUAGGGUUGGAUUUACCCAUUCUGGAGAAAGGUGGGUCUUCAUUAGCCAAGGGCAAGUCAACAGAAAUGCGGGACGGCGUUGUCCUAGCUGAUUUACUAAUGGCCCGUUUCUCUGGAAUUUCCUGAAGUUUUUACUGUGAAGACAAGUUUAGUGUUUGAGCAUGAAGAUAGUGGGGUCUGAUGUGUCUAUGAAGUGAAAGUCCAGUCUACUAAGGCCUGAUUAUAUAUCUGAUUUAUGUUGCACAUUGCUAGAUCAACAAGAAAACAAGUUGAAUCCUAGGGAAUAUAAUAAUGUGAUAUGAUGUGUGAAAUUCUUGUAAUGCUGCAGCAGCUCUGAAGCUGUUUGACUUGAGUUAUACCGAAGUAUACUUUUUACUUAAUUAGAAUUCAUCACAAACUAAUUUAAAGCAAAUCGAUUGGGAAAGAUUUUAAAUCAUUCAUAUUUGGGAGCCGAAUCGCUUAUUUUUAAUCCUGUGAAAUGCCUGUCCGAUUCCUAGAUAAGGUUGAGGUUUGACGGUGCUCUCGGCAUUGCACGUCCUCUAUCAUGAGGUUAAAGCAAUGAAAGAAGAGUGCUGAGGAGUUCUGCAGUCUAGAAAAAUGAAAACGUGAAAAAAAAGUUGAUGUCAAAGUUGUCCUUUCUGUAAGACAAGAACCAUGUGGGAAGAGUGUGUCAUAGUUGGAUCUAUUCCCAAUUAGUUUAUGCGGUAACGGCAGAUUCUUUAACAUUUUCCCGCGGUUCUCUGUUAUCUGACUUAUUGUUUGUCUCUGGUCUCUGAACAGACGAUAGUGCG